GGAGAAUCUGUGAUAAAGAUAUUUUUGUAACGAACAACCACGAUUUAAGAUAAAUCGUGCAAACAACUGAACAAAGUUUAUUGAUAUUAUACACCUUGGACCUAAAACAUUUUCAAUUUCAUAUUUUCAUAAUAUAGUUAUUUUCAAUUCACAAUAGCACAAGAUUACAGAUUAAUUGAUACAACUGAAACUAAGACGGACUGGUUGCUGGGAAUAUAAAAUAUUUAAUAUUUUAGCAGAUCGUGGAUGGAUGGUGUAAUACUGUAAUAGGUAGUUUUAUUCUGUAUUUCUGUUGUAAUAGUACCUACAGAAAUAACGAAACAAAUGAAAUAUAGCUUACAAUGUUACCGGUGAAAGGAAUAUGCAUGGAAAUGUGUCCAAAAGAGGAAAUGAUGAUGAGAAAAUCUAAGAGACUUGUACACCAGUUGGAAUGUAAUCCUCAUAAAAUGGUUAAAUGUUUUAGCCGUUCAGCUGCUGGUAAUUCAUUAAGUAAACCUCAUAUUUUAAGACCACCGUCAGUUCUAAUGAAUACUGUAUCAUAUCUUUUGAAUGAGGUGCUCACAAUUGAAAAUGUACCAUUUAAUAUUGUUUAUGAUUUUAUUGAUGACCGUUUAAAUUCUAUAAGACAAGAUGCUACUAUACAAGCCGUGUCUAAUCAAGAUUGGAUGGCUAUUUUGCCACCUAUUAUUCGUUUUCAUGCAUAUGCAGCUUAUAAAUGUUAUGAAUAUGAUGUAAAUUCAUUCGAUCCAUUUUUAAAUAUGAAGCAUUUUCAUGAAAGCAUAUUUAAAAUUGUUAAAAUAUUAUUAGAGGACUCUGACGAAUCAACAAAUGAGCUUUGUUCGGAAAUGGUAUCUCUUCUGAUUGUUACUAAUUUAGGUGAUUACAAUGUUCUUCAACAAGCUUUGCCGUUUAUAUCAAAGAAAAAUACUUUAAUCAAAAUGGCAGUGCUACUAUCACUGAAUAUUAUGAACGGUAAUUUUGGACAGUUAUUUGAAACAUACAAUACAUUUCCAGCAAUGCAUCAGUGUGUUAUUUGUGUACAAUUACCAAUACUAAGAAAGAACAUAUUAAAAUCAAUGUGUAUGGGUUUUAAUUGUAAAAAUAAUUACUUUCCAAUUUCAAUCUUAUCUAAAAUGUUGCUGCACAAUGAACCUCAAGAAACCAUUAAAGAGUGUCAACAUUACUGUUUAACUGUAGUUGAUGAUAAAGUGGAAUUAUCAAAGUCGUCAUUUAAUAAUGAAGUUGAUGAGUUACAUUUGAAAAAGGAGAUCAAAUUCAGAGUUAAUGUAUCAACCAUGGUUCUUAAUAUCUAAAAGCAAGAUAUUAUUUUAAGUGUUUGUAAGUAUUAUGUAAUAUUUAGUGAAAUUUUUAUGUAUUACAAUAUUUUAUCUGAAAUGUGUAUUUAUUGAU